CUUCCCUCACGGGGCUCAGUCUUGGGCUUGCAGUCCUGGGCUCAAGCAGUUGCUCUGCAGAAGAUUUUCUAGUCACGCUGUUUCGACAUACUCCCCUGUUCGAUACUCCCACAUCAAACUUUACUUUUUUAAGGAGUUCUCCCCUUUCUGUCGGACUGACGAGCACUUGCUCCAGCAGCUAGGACCCACAGCUUGAGCCCGGGAGAUUUUACAGAUAAAACAUGGCGUCGACAGCACACCUCUCAGAGGAGGAGAUGGCAGAGCUCCGGGAGGCUUUCAGCAAAGUGGAUAUUAGUGGGAAUGGCUUCAUCCAUGCCAACGAUUUAACGGAUGUGUUGAAGGCAGCCAACCUCCCUCUUCCAGGAUAUAAAGCCAGAGAACUCGUUCAGAAUUUGACAACCACAGAGGAUGGCAGGAUCAGCUUUGAUGAAUUUAUUUCAAUUUUCCAAAACCUGAAGAGUGAUGAUGUUGCUAAGUCAUUCCGAAAACAAAUCAACAAAAAGGAGGGGAUCUGUGCUAUUGGUGGGAUGUCAGAGCAGUCCAGUGCCGGCACACAGCACUCUUACUCAGAGGAAGAAAAGUAUGCCUUCGUCAACUGGAUUAACAAAGCUCUUGAGAAGGACCCUGACUGUAAACACGUGGUCCCAAUGAAUCCAGAAACAGAUGAUCUCUUCCAGGCGGUCGGUGAUGGCAUAGUGCUUUGUAAGAUGAUCAACUUUUCAGUCCCAGAUACCAUUGAUGAGAGAACGAUAAAUAAGAAGAAACUCACACCCUUCACAAUACAGGAAAAUCUGAACCUGGCCCUGAACUCUGCUUCAGCCAUUGGGUGCCAUGUUGUUAACAUUGGAGCUGAAGACUUAAAAGAAGGGAAACCUUACCUGGUUUUGGGUCUUUUAUGGCAAGUCAUCAAAAUUGGACUCUUUGCCGACAUAGAGAUCAGCAGGAACGAAGCCUUGAUUGCUCUGCUGAGAGAAGGAGAGAGCCUGGAGGAUCUGAUGAGAUUGUCUCCAGAGGAACUGCUGCUGAGAUGGGCAAACUAUCACCUGGAGAAUGCAGGAUGUAACAAGGUCAACAACUUCAGCUCAGACAUCAAGCAGCCUGACUUCUACAACAUUAUAAAGGACUCAAGAGCUUAUUACCAUUUGCUGAACCAAGUUGCCCCCAAGGGAGAUGAAGAAGGCAUUCCAGCUAUUACUAUUGACAUGUCAGGAUUGAGGGAGAAGGACGACGUCCAACGCGCGGAGUGCAUGCUGCAGCAGGCGGAGCGGCUGGGCUGCCGGCAGUUCGUCACAGCCACAGAUGUGGUCCGGGGAAACCCAAAGCUAAACUUGGCAUUCAUCGCCAACUUGUUUAACAAAUACCCUGCCCUGCAUAAGCCAGAGAACCAGGACAUCGACUGGAGCUCUAUUGAAGGUGAGACAAGGGAAGAGAGGACAUUCAGGAACUGGAUGAACUCCCUGGGUGUUAAUCCACGUGUAAAUCACUUAUACAGUGACCUGUCAGAUGCCUUGGUUAUCUUCCAGCUUUAUGAAAAGAUCAAAGUGCCAGUAGACUGGAACAGAGUGAACAAACCACCAUAUCCUAAACUGGGUGGCAACAUGAAGAAGCUUGAAAACUGCAACUAUGCAGUGGAACUGGGAAAAAAUCAAGCUAAAUUCUCCCUCGUUGGCAUCGCUGGGCAGGAUCUGAAUGAAGGAAACCGUACACUCACUCUGGCCUUAAUCUGGCAGUUGAUGAGAAGGUACACUCUGAAUAUCCUUGAAGAUAUUGGUGGUGGAGAAAAGGUCAAUGAUGAAAUCAUUGUCAACUGGGUCAAUGAAACACUGACUGCAGCCGGCAAGGAUUCAACUAUCUCCAGUUUCAAGGAUGGCAAAAUCAGCACCAGCAUGCCAGUCCUGGACCUCAUUGAUGCCAUUCAACCAGGAUCAAUCAAAUAUGACCUCCUGAAAACAGAGGACCUGAAUGAUGAGGAGAAACUAAAUAAUGCUAAAUAUGCCAUCUCUAUGGCAAGAAAAAUUGGAGCAAGAGUCUAUGCCCUUCCAGAAGACCUGGUUGAAGUAAAACCCAAAAUGGUCAUGACAGUGUUUGCUUGCCUUAUGGGGAAAGGCAUGAAGAAAGUUUAAGCACAAAAGACUUGCACUGAUGCCUGGUAUUCACCCUUUUGAUUCCCUCAAACUGGAUGCUCUUUGUAUCAAGGAAAUAUGCAGGAUGCUCAUGCUUGUAAGGCAUGAAUGUUGUAGAUGGUUCCAGAUCAUAUAAAAGUUGUGUAUCCACGUGUAUCCAGGAAAUGUUUUAUUUUGAACAGUACUAUGAGCUUCAUUUCUUUGCCUUAUUUUCCACUUUGCUAGAUAUAACCAUUUCAUAUUCCUGAAUGAGUUUUCCAGGAGGUCUGUACAUAACCUCCAGUUAAUGGAUACCAGGGUUAUCUGUCAGAGGUCACCUGGAGAUCUUUGUCUUGGGAGGUACAGACAGAUUUUAGGAUUAUGAAAUGUUAUAUACUGCUUCUGCCUGAAAAUGUCUUCAUGCUUCUGGCAGUAUUUCUGCCAUACUUUCCUUCAAUUUGCACCUGGGGUUACAAAAGGGAUUUCCCCAACCAAUACAAGUAUUAGUGACUAUAUUUUUUGAAUGAUAGGAUCCUCUUAGGAAAUGCUCAUGGAAAGAGAAAAGUGUUUGGAGUCUGCUGUGUGCUGCUGGUAUGUGAUGUGUGCAGUACCUUUCCCUGCAAGCUUUGCCUCUGCCAUCACUGGUGUUACUCACAGAGUACAAACCAUACUGUAACCUGGUCCUCCAAGAGCAGCCGAACUCCGGAGCCUUUACAAGGAGUGCUCUCCAAAGGUUAAUUCAUUUUAAUGCCAUAAUACACUUAAAACGUUAGCAGACUGCAAACCACGAUAGAAAUGAAAACCAUGUUAGGGAAACUAAGGGGGUAUACUCAGUUAGUAGCAAUAAUAAAGCAGAGGUAAGAAGUUAACCAAAGGGAUACAGAAAAAUAUAUUUAUGUACUGAGUAAAAAUUAAACAAUGAACUGUACAGAUGUACUCAAAGGGCUGUUGCCCUGAUUCAGAAGAGCAUUUAAAUGUGUGCUUACAAAUGAAACACACUUAAAUGCUUCCCUGAACCAAGGCCAGGAUCCCCAACAGAGCAGCUACCAAGGCUCUGGCAGUUUGCCUCAGUUGAGGACCUAGCCCCAUCCAUGGAUAGUCAGUGGGACGAUAGCACUGAAUCUCUUCCAUGGCAUGAGUCAUUUUCUGUCCUGACCUUUAUGUGGAUUUUACUGUGGUGAAAUGCAGAAGGAGGGAAUUUUGCCUUAAUGUGAUCCUGUUGACACAGUCUCAGUUUCCUUCCCCCCCUCUAGCCCAUUCAGAAUUGCCUUAAUAAAAAACUGAUAUCCAAUGAUGUGAGAAGUCUCUAUAAAUAAAGUGUUCUACAAAGCCAAA